CCGUUUUUUCUUUUUUCUUUUCCUCGUCUUGGAGAAUGAUGGCUGCAGGGUUGGAGCUGGUGUUACCUCUGGGAGAAGCAGCGGAGACGUUCCAACUUGAGAAGGCCGUGUGUAGCCAUGGGCUGUUCAUGAUGGCACCUAACCAGUGGGACCCUCUCUCCAAGACCCUUCUCCGCCCACUCCGCCUUCUCCAUUCCGAUACCCAAAGCUCAGUCCUUGUCCGCAUCUCCCAACACCACUGUCACCCUCACUCCCUCCAUAUCCGCGUUUACGGAACCCACUCUCUCCCCGCUCGACAUCGAAAGUCGCUGCUGGCCCAGGUGUCAAGAAUGCUCCGUUUGUCGGAGUCCGACGAGAGGGCUGUUAGAGAGUUCCAAAAUAUGUGCAACAUUCAUGGUGAAGAAGAGCAUAGGGCUGAGGAUACAAGCUUUAGUGGCAGGGUGUUUAGGUCUCCUACAUUAUUUGAGGACAUGGUCAAGUGCAUUCUCCUCUGCAACUGCCAGUGGUCCAGGACUUUAAGCAUGGCUAGAGCACUUUGUGAGCUUCAGUUGGAACUGCAGAGUCCAUCAUCGCCUGUGUCAGUAGCUGAGUCUGGAGGAUCAGUUACUGAGACUAGAAGUACAAAGUCUAAGAGCCCAAAAGCUGAGGAUGAGAAACUCAUUCCAAAGACGCCCAGAGGAAAAGAGAGGAAGAAAAAUCUUAAAGGAUCCAAAGUUUCCUCGCUUUUGACAAAGCCUGGGGAGACCAAAGCAGAGUUGGAAGCAAAUGCUCAUCUGAGUACAGUUUCUGUCCAAAGCAAAGCUGGGAACUUGAGCCCAAUUGUUCUUCCAAUUAAUGUAGAAGAUGUUUCAUGUCAAAAUUGCAAAAGGUGUCAGGCUACUGGGGAAUCGUACAAGACUUGCUCAGGUUUGCUACCUGAUCAGUAUUCUGAAGGGCGAGAAUCUUGUGCCUAUGAUAUGGUACAUAAUUUUCCUAGCCCUGGAGAACUGGCAAACCUUGAUGAAAGUUUUCUGAGAGUACGAUGCAAUCUCGGCUACAGAGCAAAGCGCAUACUGAAACUUGCUCAGGGUAUUGUUGAAGGCAGGAUUCAACUAGCACAACUUGAAGAAGCCUGUAAUGGAGCGAGCUUAUCAAGCUACAAUAAAUUGGCUGACCAGUUGAAAGAAAUUGAUGGAUUUGGUCCUUUUACACGUGCAAAUGUGCUUAUGUGCAUGGGAUUUUACCACAUUAUUCCAACUGAUUCUGAAACUAUUAGGCAUUUAAGACAGGUCCAUGCAAGAAAAUCCACACUUAAAACUGUAGAGAGAGAUGUUGAACAUAUCUAUGGGAAGUAUGCACCAUUUCAGUUCUUGGCAUACUGGUCAGAACUCUGGCACUUCUAUGAGAAAAGGUUUGGGAAGCUAAGUGAAAUGCCAUGCUCUGAUUAUAUGCUAAUCACUGCAAGUAACAUGAAGAGCACAAGAGGUACCGACAAGAGGAAGAAAAUAUGCGACUAAAGAAAAGCCUAGCUUUAGCUUGCAUGAGAUAAAAUGAGCGAGUGGCUAGUAUUCCUGCUGUGUCUUGUGAUUCAAUUAUUAUUAUACGGGCAUGCUAAAAAUUGCUUAUAGUAGUAUUUCAACAUGUUUGAUGCAUCAUCUGCCAUUUUGGAACUUUAA